CAGCUCCUUUUCGGUCUUCGAUCAUCACUUUCAUCUUAUCUAUAUUUUAAUGUAUGUUGAUGCAAAUGGAACAAGUUUGAACGGUUCAUCGCCAUCAUCUCAUACGCUCUGUGUUCAAAGUCUUCCAUUAUGUUUCUCGAGUGAUCCCCACAUGGUUCCAAGAGGCAUACUCGUGUUUUUCUCAACCUUGGGUUUCUUCUUUCAUGAUCUUUAGGGGUUUCCGACAAGACACAAUCUUGUGGGUUUCUGUUUUGUUCGCAAAUGGGUUCAACAAUUCGAUCCCUUUUGCUGGUGGUCCUGGUGGUUUUCGUCGAAAUUUGCUCGGUAGCUUCUCAGACAGAUAGUCGCGACAGUGCUGGUUUAAAAGCCCUCAUGGAUGGAUGGAAGAAUUUUCCACCAAACUGGCAAGGCUCGGAUCCUUGUGGAGCAAAUUGGGUUGGAAUUUCAUGCACCAACGGCCGCGUUACAUCUAUAGCACUAUCGAACAUGGACUUGGAGGGGACGCUUCCCGGAGACAUUUCGGCAUUGUCAGAGUUGCAAAUCCUGGAUCUUUCUUACAAUCCUAGUUUGGCUGGAACGCUUUCGCCAGGGAUCGGACAGCUAAAGAAGUUGAAGAACUUGAUCCUUGUCGGUUGUAGUUUCACCGGCGCGAUCCCCGAUGCAAUCGGUUCCCUGACUCAGCUCGUAUAUCUAUCACUGAAUUCGAAUCAAUUUAGUGGAAGAAUUCCAGCUACCCUUGGUCAGUUAUCAAAUCUCUAUUGGUUUGAUAUAGCCGACAAUCAGAUUGAAGGAAGCAUUCCGGUAUCAGACGGAACUUCACCCGGCCUCGACAUGCUUAUCCAUACAAAGCAUUUCCAUUUCGGACAAAACAGACUUUCGGGUGAAAUCCCGGAAAAGCUCUUCAGCUCGAACAUGACUCUGAUACAUGUGCUAUUUGAUGGCAACAACCUGCUCGGAAAAAUUCCGGAUAGCCUCGGCCUCGUUCAAUCUUUGGAAGUGCUGCGUCUCGAUAGGAAUUCACUGAGUGGAAGUGUCCCUUCAAGUCUUAACAGUCUGACAAGUCUUAGCGAACUGUACUUGGCCAACAAUAAACUAACUGGUGGCCUCCCAAAUCUGACCAGCUUGAUCAGCAUCUACACACUGGAUCUGAGCAAUAAUAGCUUUGACCCAUCAGGAAUUCCACCAUGGAUUUCUGGAUUACAGUCCCUGUCCACUUUGAGGAUGGAAUAUAUACAACUUCAAGGUCCUAUCCCAACCUCUCUCUUCAGUCCUCCUCAUCUGCAGACAGUAGUGCUGAAACGUAAUCAGCUAAAUGGUUCCUUGGACUUUGGCACUGGUUAUAGCAGUCAGUUGGAGUUCGUUGAUUUGCAGAGCAAUGGCAUAUCUGCGUAUAGACAAGGACCUCAAAAUAGCAUUCAAGUCAUAUUGGCAGAUAAUCCGGUUUGCCUUGAGUCAGGUCCAAAACCGGCUUAUUGCUCGGCUAUCCAACCGAACUCAUCGUUUUCCACCCUUCCAGAUAACUGUAUACCUCCUCAAUGUGGUUCGGGCAUGGUCUCGAGUCCCAAGUGUGGUUGUGCAUAUCCAUACACGGGGACCAUAUUCUUGAGGUCUCCUUCGUUUUCUGGAUUCGUCAACGCAAGCAUCUUCGUGCAACUUCAGCAAGAUAUAACGGGUUUCUUUCAGCAACGUCGUUUUCCCGUGGAUUCUGUCUCUCUCAGCAAUCCAAGAGAGAAUCUAACCGAUCAUCAGCUUUUGAUAGAUCUGAGUAUCUUCCCAUCCGGCCAGGACAGGUUUAAUCGUACGGGAAUCUCAUUCGUCAGUUUUGCUCUCAGCAAUCAGACUUACAAGCCACCAAAGAUUUACGGGCCUUACGUUUUCAGAGGCGAAAAGUACACUCACUUCUCGGAUGGAGGAAUUGGAUCCAAAUCCUCCAAUACCGCCAUUGUCAUCGGAGCUGUAGUUGGUGGAAUUGUUCUGCUUCUGCUAUUAACCUUAGCCGGGAUUUACGCUUUUCGCCAGAAGAAAAGAGCAGAAAGAGCAACUCAACAGAAUGAUCCUUUUGCAAAAUGGGACACCAGUAAGAACAGCAUCGAUGCUCCUCGUUUGAUGGGAUCCAAAGCAUUUACAUUUGAAGAGCUGAAGAAAUAUACAGACAACUUUUCAGACGCAAACGAUAUAGGGGGCGGGGGUUAUGGGAAGGUCUAUAGAGGAAUUCUCCCCUCUGGACAACUAAUCGCUAUCAAACGUGCUCAACAAGGAUCUAUGCAGGGAGGUUUGGAAUUCAAAACAGAGAUCGAGCUGCUCUCUCGGGUCCAUCACAAGAAUGUUGUCCGGCUCUUGGGGUUUUGUUUCAACCGAGGUGAACAAAUGCUGGUAUACGAGUAUGUCCCGAACGGCUCUCUAAGGGACAGUCUAUCAGGGAAGAGCGGAAUCAGAUUGGACUGGACGAGGAGACUUAAAAUAGCUCUUGGUGCAGCGAGAGGCCUUGCCUAUCUUCACGAGCUUGCUGAUCCUCCGAUUAUACACAGGGACAUUAAAUCGAAUAAUAUACUACUCGAUGACACUCUAACCGCAAAGGUUGCAGAUUUCGGCCUCUCUAAGCUUGUGGGCGACCCUGAGAAAACUCACGUCACAACACAAGUAAAAGGAACUUUGGGUUACCUUGAUCCUGAGUACUACAUGACCCAGCAAUUGACAGAGAAGAGUGAUGUUUAUGGCUUCGGUGUGGUCAUGCUGGAGCUAUUAACCGGGAGACCUCCGAUAGAACGGGGAAAAUACGUCGUGAGGGAGGUAAAGACGAAGAUGGACAAAUCAAGAAACUUGUAUGACCUGCAAGAAGUUCUUGAUUCUUCGAUCAUCGUGAGCACGACCCUGAAGGGGUUCGAGAGGUUUGUUGACGUUGCCCUUAGAUGUGUGGAGGAGUCCGGAGAAGACAGGCCAUCGAUGGGUGAGGUGGUGAAAGAGAUUGAAAACAUCAUGCAGCUCGCCGGUAUGAACCCUAACACGGAUUCAGCAUCCAGUUCUAGAACUUACGACGACGCGAGCAAAGGAUCGGGCAAUCCCUAUGGCACUGAAUCUUUUGAGUACAGUGGGAACUUCCCGCCUUCAAAGAUUGAACCACAAUGACAAUCAUCAGGUGAGAUUCUCCAUACAUUUUGAUCAUUUGUUUCAUACUUCCUAUGUAGAGUCUUUUUUUUUUGUAAGCUUUUGAUUUGCAGAAACCUGACAAAAUCAAACAAUGUGAAGUGGCUUUAUUCCUUUUGUUUUUUUUCCCUGGUUUGUGUAUAUGGAACCCAAUGAUUUGUAUUCUUGUUUCCACAACUUCUCAAGAACAUGAGGCAAGCAAAAUACAUUGUUGAUAGGUAA